AUGAGAACUCCCAAACUUCAGCUCGACUUCGUUCUCACGAGGAACAUUCCUCAGUCGGAUAUCCGAAAAUCCAGAGCUGUUUGGGACGUUGCUUUCGACUCUGACCACCAUCCAGUUCUUCUCAGCAUUAAGAUACGGUUCCACAAGAGGAACCGAGGAGUACCUUCUCAACCGAGAAUCGACACGGCAGGUCUGAAAGACGAAGAAUGCAGAACAAAUUUCCACCAUCGUGUGUCUAAUCAUGUUGGAGUACAGACCAGGAAGAGACUUUGCGAUGCGGAUUCCUUUACAAUUUACACAAUUUUCCUUUACAAUACGUUUCCUUUACAGAUUCCUUUUAAGUGCAUCCAGGACGCUGCAGAGGAAACCCUCCCGGUUCAAAUGCCGCGGAAAAAGUUUGCUUUUGCAUCUGCGGAGACAAGAUCCACGUACAAUUCUGUAUGUGUCGCCCGCAGCAUUGGCGAUUUCAACCAGGAAAAGCGUCUUAGAAGGAAGUUGUGUCGUCAACUGCAACAAGACCGCAAUAGCGAGUAG